GAAGAGGAAGAAAAAGUAGGGGGGGUACAGUGACGUCACGAUCGGCGUGCUCCAGUGCUUCGUCCUUUCCAGCUAACCUUCACUGACGUCGAUUGUCCGAGUGGAUGUACGUAUCCAUUUUGCAGCCACGGAGAGAAUAAUUUCGUCAAAGAUGGCUUCGAGGGCGACGUCGAGGAGGAUCCCCGAGUCGGAGCCGCGUAUAGACUACGUGCAAUGCGACGGGCUGGUGGUGAUGAAGAUGGUGAAGCACUGCCACGAAGAGUCCUCCGGCAACAUGGAGGUCGCCCAGGGCGCUCUCCUCGGCCUGGUCGUGCAGAACCGUCUGGAGAUCACCAACUGUUUUCCAUUUCCCAAAAACGACGAGAUUAUGGACGAGGAGGAGUACCAGCUCGCCAUGAUGCGUAGACUGAGAUGGGUGAACGUCGAUCACUUCCACGUCGGUUGGUACCAGAGCGCGGACGUCGGCAAUUUCCUGAAUCUGUCCCUGCUGGAGUCGCAGUACCACUACCAGACCUCCAUUGAGGAGUCGGUCGUGCUUAUUUACGACACCGCCAAGUCCGCCAGAGGCUUCCUGACGCUUAAGGCGUACCGGCUCACUCCUCAGGCGAUACAGAUGUACAAGGAGAACGAGUUCACUCCAGAAGCCUUGCGCACCCUGAAAAUUGGAUACGAGAGUCUCUUCGUCGAGAUCCCGGUAGUCAUAAAGAACAGUAAUCUGACAAACAUAAUGAUGUCGGAAUUGGACGAGAUGAUUCCUGAGGAACAGGGCACGAAGUACCUAGAUCUCGGGACAGCCACGGUCCUGGAGAAUCAAUUGAGGUGUUUAAUGGACCGAGUGGACGAACUGAAUCAGGAAGCGAUGAAGUUUAACAGAUAUCAACAGCUGGUGGUCCGACAGCAGCAAGACAAGAAUAGGCUGCUGGCCAAGAGAGCCCAGGAAAACGCCGCCAGGGCUGCUAAGGACGAGCCGCCGCUACCCGACGACGAUAUUAAUAAACUGAUGAGACCUCUACCGGUCCCGCCGAGGCUGAAUCCGAUGAUCGUUGCUGGACAAAUCAACACGUACAGCGAACACAUCUCGCAAUUCUGUGCUCAGAGCUUAGCGAAGUUGUAUAUCACUCAAAGUCUGCAAAACGCUAAAGAUUCGAAAUCUUCCCACUGAUCGGACUACUGUGUUACGAAUAUUUAUAACAUUCGAAGAAGCGACCGUGAAAAUAAAUGAAAAGACGUACAGUUUGUCAAAAACUUCCGUUUAUUAUACUUUUUAGAUUGAGUAUUAUCUAUUAAUAAAAAGAAACAAUACGCUAUGGUAAACU